UGCGUGCAAGCAUCGCCCUUCUCCGAUACCGCGGCGACGCUCGCAGUGCGACGCCACCCGCUCCAAAGUCGUUUUCUUGUGCCUCCGACCGAUGACUCAGGAAGCCCACGAAUUCGACUGAUCACCAAGGUGACUCUUGCGUGUCCGGAAGUGGAGUCGACUGUGG